CAAACAACAGAUUAAAAACUUUACUCCAAAGGAAUUCUAAACAGAAGCCCUGAUUGGCGAUGGAGGAAGCAACCGGAAGCAGCGGCGUUGGGAUUCAUUGGCUGUGGGCGGUAGCGAGUGCUGGUCAAAUGGGAUGGGGUGUGCGUUCAUACCUUAAGGGCUACCCAGGGGAUUCGUGCCUCAUGCCUUUGAAAGCUUUCACUGUUGCUUCUCUCUUCAUAGGUAGCGCUGCUUCCGCUUCUAUCUUCAUUCUUCAAUCUAAUGGCAUCCAUGGGGUGGAUGAUCUCAUUGGCGCCGGUGCCAAUUUAAGAGCUAAACUUGGGUUACGUCCACGCACGCCGAAUAAGAAUAUGGAUGAGUCCUAACCAAAUACUCAGGCACAGCUUGUGCUAUUACUUGGUGACGUGGGUCCUUGGUGGAGAAGCAGUCAUCAUAAUAUACCGAGGUUUGGUUCCUUGUAAGGUUGAAGGUUUCAUGUGCAGUUCAAUUCAACAAUAAUAUGCUUAUUAGAACACAUUUUGGGUAUGCAACAUGUAAUACUUUGUCAUCCAUAAUACAUUUUUCAUUGAUCUUAUUAAUCAAGAAGUGUAGUUUUGUAGAGCUUCAGUUUUUGUAAGACACGGCUUAAGCAAUAGCAUAUGAGUGGUGAUGCCAAUUGUUAAGUUAUAGAGUAGAAUCAAUGUUGAUGUAGGAUUUAUAAAAAAGACAAAUAUAGUUUUAUACUGUUGUCUUGCAAUAUAUCACAAUUAUGACUUGAAAUAAUAAUCAAGUUGUAUGUUUAA